AUGAUAUUUCAGGCCUCAAGGUCCAACGCCUCGGGACGUAAAGUGCCCCCCGAGCCCCGCCGAAGCGAAGCAUGCCGCUCAUGCAUGUUCUCUCGUUUGGAGAGGGGCGCAAAGUGGUUGUGUUUGUGCCGUGCAUGUUUGGAGUGCAUGCCGCGCCGCAACUGUCCUCAGACAGGAAUUUCGACCAACGCCGUUGCGUUUGGGGUGCGAUCCAUUUCAAGAUGNCCUCUUUCUAUACGUGAUGAGGUAGUACAGUGUUUGCAAAGUCUUCAAUUUUCUGUAGAAAAUGGUGUGAAGAGCUUACCCACACCUGUCUCGGAUAAUUUUUUCUCAUUUCGAUUAGGUGUUUGUACGCUGGGUACUCUCCUAGUGCGAAAUAAUAUCAAGGUUGCUCAACGUCUAGAGGAAAUCAUUUACUCCACACUUGAGGCUGCACCACUUCUGAAGGAUGGAAAGCGUGGAGCAGCAACUGCUGUUCGUUCUUUCUUCUUUUUAGCUUCCAAAUGUCAUUCCUGUGAACAAGAAGAACACCAAAAAACGGACUGUAAUCGUUGGGAACGUGCACUUCACUUGGUUAUGGUGGAGGCAACUAAUCGCAUUGAAAACAAAGUAGAACCCAACCAACACCUUUUAACGAGUGCAGAACGCACAAUGCUUCGUAUGGCGUUUAAACAAGUUCAAGGUUGCAGUCGACAGAAAGGCGCAGCUGCACCACCAGCACCAGUUCCUCCGCCC